AUGGAGUAUCCUGUUAUUAUCUUCCGGACAGUAGCAAUCCCAGAAAACAGAAUAGCCAUUGUUAGAAGUCAGGAUUCUCGGUUGAAUUCAAGUUCCAUUCAUGGCUUCCUAGCUGGGCUCUAUCUGGGCUUAGGAAUUGGCGGACACUUUAGUGGUGGCGGAGUCGGUAACCUGAUCAGAAAGUACGGGCUAGCUGCUGAUAAUGUCAUUGAUGCUUGCAUCAUUGACGCUAAUGGUCAAAUUCUCGAUAGUCGAUCGAUGGGAGCUGAUCUUUUUUGGGCCAUCAGAGGAGCUGGAGGAGCAUGUUUUGGAGUCAAAGUAGCAUGGAAAAUCAAGCUUGUGCAUGUUCCACCAGUUGUUAGUGUUUUUACAAUAUCUAAGGCUUUAGAGCAAGCAGCCAUAGACGUUAUUCACAAAUGGCAAUAUUUAGGACACAAGCUAAGUGAAGACUUGCUCCUGAGCAUAGUCACAACAUCAGGAAAUGAUGGAACAAUCCAAGCCACAUUCAAUUCUCUGUUCCUUGGAAAAGCUGAUCAUCUCCUUAACAUGAUUGACGACAGCUUUCCUGAAAUUCAUUAG